AUGUCCGGUCUCCCAAGUGACGAAUUGAACUUUGAUCUUCUUGGUUCUCUGGGCGUUUUGUCGAGAAAUCGCAUCACGCCGGCUUUGCAGCCUGAGCAAGGCUCCAUGGAAAGCCUUCUGCAUGCGGGGAUGUCCCAAGAUAACAUGACUCUAGGUUUAGACAUGGCCAACAUUGAUCCUAGCCUUGGAGGUACGGGAGUGCGAAGUAACGAACCGGAUGGUUCCACACUCCACGAUGCCGUCAACCGGGCGACUCUGACGCUCCGGGGCAGGCAUGACGAGGUGCCUCGCUCCGUCACACAUCGCUUUCCUAAACUCUAUUCCGACGAUGAUCUUGUCCGCAUCAUCUCGAGCUAUCCGAGAAUCAUGGUGCAGCCGGGAAACUACCCGCCCUUUGUCCAUCACGAACUAUAUCGCUGCUCUACCGGGGAUGUACCGGAGCCGUUGGCCAAAGCCUUUUGCUGCAUUGGCGCGUUCUACUCAUCUGUUCCUACAAGCAAAAAUUACGUCUACACGUUACUGAAUGAGGAGAGCGGCGCCCUCGUGAAGGAGUUUAUGACCCGACGCCUCAUCCAAGAGUACGUGCGCUCCAACAUUACGGGCGACAGCGAAGAAGUAAACUGGAGGAAGUGGAUCGUCAACGAGACAAUUCGGCGGACUCUAUUCCUGGCGAAUACCAUAAAUACACUAUCUUGCAAGACGCAGCGACAAGAUGCGUAUUACUUUGAGCCCCUCGACGAUAACCUCAUCAGAAACAUGACGCUGCCCGCUCCGGAUUCCUUGUGGAAUGCUUCCAGCCGGGAUGAGUGGCUUUUAGCCAAGGCCCAGCUCAAUACGAAUAAUGGGCCCCGAAGCAGGCCUACCGUGCAGCAAGUUCUGACUCGAAUAUCAAGUGAUGGCCAAGGCGGCGCGGGGUCAUCAGGCGGCGUCUGGGGAAUUUCAUUUGACGAAUUUGACGAGUUUACGAAGCUCAUAAUAUCCACGAUCCGUUCCCCUCUUGCGGAAGAGUAG